AAGAAAAUGAGGGGAGUCAAUACCAUAAUCCUUCUUACAUCUUGCCUUAGCUAUCUACCCUUUUCACAUGCUGUACUUGAAGCUCCAGUGGUUGACCUCGGUUAUGUUAAAUACACUGGAACUUCAAAUGCUACAGUGGGUAUAAAUUAUUAUUACGGUAUACGGUAUGCCAGUCCUCCUAUCGGAGAAAGAAGAUGGAGGAAACCUGUCUCCAUUGAAAAGGAUAAUUCCUAUAAUGGCAAAACUAUCCACUUGUCUGAGCCUUCACAAAUCUGCUACCAAGCCAAUCCAGGGCUUCCACUGGCUAUAACAGGUGUUGCAAGCGAAGACUGUCUCUCUUUAGAUGUGUUGGUUCCCAAAGACAAGAAAGAAGGACUAUUGCCUGUGAUUUUUAUGAUUCACGGAGGAGGUUUCAAUAUUGGCUCCUCAACCGCCCUCACCCCAGCUGAAUCUAUUCUCUAUCGCAGUAAUGGCAGUGUCAUCUAUGUCGGAAUACAAUAUCGCUUAGGCAUGCUCGGGUUUCUAGGCGGAAGCGAGGUUGCAAAGCAUGGAGACUUGAAUGUUGGUCUUUUGGAUCAACGUCUGGCCCUUCAGUGGGUAAAGGACCAUAUUCAAGCAUUCGGAGGAGACCCAAACAAGAUUACUCUCGAUGGUGGUUCCGCCGGAGGUGCUAGCGUUACCCUUCACUUGCAAGCUUAUGGUGGAAAGCGAGAGAAUCUUUUCAGAUCUGCUAUCGCGGAAUACCCUUGGUGGCAAUCAUUGAAGCCAGAAAGCUACCAAAAUGAGCAAUACCAAACCGUUCUUCAGCAGUCCAAUUGUACCUCCAUUGACUGUCUCAGAAAUCUGUCCACCGAUACAAUCAAAGAAUUGUCUGCAAGCACAGAACCAAAAUGGGCCGACUCCAAUGACAAGAAAUACGCCUAUGGCGACUUUUACUAUGGACCUGUCGUUGACGGUGACUUUAUAUUGGAACUACCUUCUGUCGCGUUUGCUUCUGGACGGUUUACUAAGGUUCCUAUAUUGAUUAAUCACGAUUCUGAUGAAGGCUUCGUGUUCAGUGAUCCAAAUGAGACCUCUCAAGAACUUGUUCAAGAUCUGAAUGCUCUUUUCUUUAACCCACCACAGCCAUUUUUGGAUACGUUGGACCUGCUUUACUCACCUUCUGCAUAUAACAACUCGGUAUUUAACCGACGCAAAGCUAUAUUUGCAGAUAACUACAUCAAUUGCGGUACUGAAAUAGUUGCAACGUCCAGCGUUCAUUAUCUGAAGAAUCCUUCUUCUGUUUACAAGUUCAUUUCAUCCGCCUCCUACGGCUACCAUGGGACUCUAUCCCAGUACAUCUACAAUGUAAAUCCAGAUGGUCCUUUCGGUCUUAAUGACACACUUGGCUACUUCUUGCAAGAUUACUACCUAUCUUUCAUCAAGCACCAAGACCCAAAUGUGGAAAAAAACGUAUCAGCCCCACAUUUCCCCUCGUACGCAUCAGGAAACAAGAUACUUUUGGUGUCAGACGAAGAUAUAACUACCGUUGUGGAUCCAGAUCAACGAGAGCAGUGCUACUUUCUCCAUAGAUGGUCAAAUCAUACAAGAAAUUAAACUGUAGACUUUCAGCCUUAUAACAAUAAAAGCGGUUUCGAUUGGAUGGUCGAUACAAACGGUUUCCACUGCAUACCGAGAGUAUCGAUGAAGUGGCAGUAUAGUCGAUAAAA